AUGCUAUGUGCUGGGAGAUUUUUGGGUUCCUCCAGAAUAUCCGUUGUGAAUGUUCGAAACAUGCAUGACCGCAGCGCCGUGCCAAGGGUGGUCGAUGAUCGUGAGAAGUCGUCCGCGAAAACUUCCGAUGCAGGCUACGUUUUUCGGUAUCAUCAAAAUGCCAUAGAUCCUCUUCCUCGUGAUCCAAACUCCAAAACUCCUGUUGCAAAGCCAACAUACAAAGUGAGAGAUGCAUGGAGUUCCUCUCAAGCCAGGUUCGGACAAAAUGAUUAUAUUGACAUUCUGGGAGACGGAUCACUCCAUCCAGCCCAACUCCAGUACCACACACCUGCCUGGUUACGUGGCUUUCCUGGACAACACAAAGCAAAUGAACUCAUCAAGCUUAUACAUUACCGAAAUUUAUAUGCUGACAAACUAAAGAAUAACUCUCCGAGGAGAUGGCACGAGCUCUGCAAGAGGAUCAAAUACUUGUCGAUGUAUCACAAUUAUAAUAAGCAGGACGAACUGGGCCGUGAAAGGAAUUUGGGAUUAUGGGAUGAAAAGCCUGAUUACUUCUUCAAGGAUAAAUCUCGCCGCUCAUAUAAGGAUCUAGUAUGA